AUGAUCAGCCAAGACAUUUCGAAGGUUGACCGCGAGUCUUUCCCCUACAUCUUCCACCAGAAUGUGUCAAUUCCAUUGAAGCAAGAGUCUGGAGUUGUUCGAGCAAAUGUGUAUCUUCCACGAAAUGUCGAAAAGGCACCAGUGCUGGUGACCUACGGUCCAUAUGGCAAAGACAUCCACUACAAGGAUGUUAGCUUCCACGGUCAGUCGUACAGCGAAGUCAACCCGGCGCAUCACUCGGAGCACUCCGCAUGGGAAACCCCGGACCCCGCAUUCUGGACCGCAUACGGAUAUGCCGUCCUUCGAGCCGAUGAGCGUGGCACUGGUCAAUCACCCGGAAAAUUGGACACAAUGUCUUGCGGAACAAGCGAUGCAUUCUUCGAUGUUGUUGAAUGGGCGGCCGAGCAAUCCUGGUCCUCCGGCAAGGUCGGGCUUCUCGGAAUCAGUUACUACGCUGGAAGCCAAUGGAGGGUAGCUGCGAGACAGCCCAAGGGCCUGAGCUGCAUUAUCCCCUGGGAGGGAAUGUCCGAUUACUAUCGUGACCGCUGCCGCCACGGAGGUAUUCUGUCCAACACGUUCAUAGACUUCUGGUGGAAUCGGCAAGUUGUCACAAACCAAUAUGGUCGUCCAGGCCGCGCAACCCGAAACUGGGGCCCGGACACGAUCGAAGGUGACCUUACCGAAGAGGAAUUGGAGGCCAAUAGACAGAAUCAGACUAUCGAUAAUGCUCGGUACUUUUUUCGUGAUGAUCCCUACUAUUCCAGCAAGGAGUAUACGCAGAACGACAUUCAGGUGCCCCUACUCUCCGUCGCAAAUUGGGGAGGAAUCCUGCUGCAUUUGCGAGGCAAUGUCGAGGGCUACACACAAGCUGGUUCGGAUUUGAAAUAUCUUCGCUUUAUUACUGGACGUCAUGAUUUGCCGUUUUACUAUAACAAAGAAGUGGAGAUCCAGAAAAGCUUCCUUGAUGCGUUUCUGAAGGGAGAGGACAGCGUCCACGGUUGGUCUACAGGCAAAGCGCCGAAAGUCGACCUGAUUCUUCGUAAAGGAGACGUUGGCUUCAAUAACGCUGAGGCCGAGAGGGCCUAUACACGUCGAACUGAGAAUGAGUGGCCUAUCGCACGCACACAGUACACACCUUUCCAUCUGACUUCGUCCCAAGUACUCACUCAAACGAAGCCAACCGAUCGAUAUGGAAAGAUCUCCUAUCGCUCUUUGGGUUCUAUUGACAAGCCAGAGCUGAUUCAGUUUUUGACAGAGCCUUUUGAAAAAGAGACUGAGAUCACUGGUCACAUUGUGGCUCGCCUGAAUGUGUCAAUGACGCCAGAUUCUGAAUUUUCCUCUCACACAAAUGAUAUUGAUCUAUUCCUUACAUUACGCUAUAUCUCCCCUGAAGGCAAGGAGGUGUUUUAUACCGGUACUGCAGGAGACCCCGUUCCCUUAUCCAAGGGCUGGCUGCGCGUGAGUUUGAGAAAGGUCAACAAGGAACAUCCCCGCAACCGUCCUUGGCUGCCUCAUCGGGAAUACCUCUCGACCGAUGUUCAGCAGGUCAUUCCUGGUGAGAUUUACGCCGUUGAUGUGGAGAUCUGGCCCACGAAUGUGGUGGUUGAGAAGGGAGGCAAGAUUAUUCUAGAAAUCUCCUCGGGUGAUACUCAAGGAUGUGGCUUGUUUAAGCACACCUCACCAUCUGACCGAACCCCUGAGAAAUUCCAAGGUCUCAACAAUCUGCACUUUGGUGUCGGCCUUGAUAAUUACAUGACUCUGCCAAUCAUCCCGCCUGUCUGA